AUGACAACAGCACACAGACCCACAUGGUACAAUGCCAUCGGGGGGGAAAAUCAGGGUGGCAACCGCAAGGUGAGCCAAACCGCCAAGGUCUGCAGUAGGGACUUGCCAGGGCACACCAAAAUGAAGACGAGGGACCUGAGCGACUACGUGGAGGACAAGGAAGUGUUCAGGAAUAACCUCAUUCAGCUCGAAGGAGGAGCUACGGACAAGGAUAACAGCCACAGGCUGCUAGCCAUCGAGAAUAUAAAGAGGCUCACCAAUCAUGACUACACCAACCCGUUUCCGGAGGACGAGGAUGACGAAGUGGAGGAGGAGUGGAAGUCGCGCAGGCGGAAAGGGGGAAAGAAGGCCAAACGGAAGGGUCCAGCGACGGGCCGUUCGACGAAUCGCGCGAAGGGAGAAGGAAGUCAAGAGGGUGGUCAGUCAGAAGAUCGGUCAGACGACCGGUCAGCUGCUCCGUCAGCUGGUUCGUCAGACGGUUCGUCACACGGCUCGCCAGAGGACCGGUCGGAUGACCAUUCGGAUGGUUCCUCUGAUGACCAGUCGGAGGACGAGGAGGAGAAGGAACUCCUGAGGGAGCUCGAAAAUCUGAAGCGAGAGAAAAUGGAGAAGCAGCGACAGGAGAAGCAGGAGCAGGAACUCCUGCAGAGCAGAAAGAACAAUGUACUUACCAACAACCCGCUCAUAAACCUGGAGGACAAUAGCGACAAUGAGGAGGGCGAAGGCAUGAGCAGGAAGCGAAAGUGGACCGAGGAGGCCAUCUUCCGAAACACCUGCGAGAAAAAGGAGAAAAAGAGCACCUUCAUCAACGACACCGUGCGCACGGCCUUCCACAAGAAGUUCCUCUUUAAGUACAUUCACUGA